AUGCCCGCCGAACACGAAACAACUACCACUACUCCCCACAAGACCGUGGCUCCUACAAAGACCACUGGAUCUGUUCGCACUACAACCACCGGAGCUCGCACAACAACAACCACCCGUGCAAACUCACGGUCCAUCACAGCAUCCAUCACCGGCUCGACCACAACCCGCACGCCAACACCCACUAUCUCUCCCGUCCCUGAGGCUGGAGGCUUGUCUGGCGCGGCUAUCGGUGGCAUGGCUGCCGGCGGUGCUGCCAUUGUCGCAAUCAUCGGACUCUUGUGUUACAAACGACGUAAAAGAGCUGCUGUGGGCGAUUCUACCACCGCUGCUGCUGCUAAGAAGAAGGAUGCCGAGGCAAUGGCCGAGUUGGGUGGUGCAUACACGGGACCCAGUAAGGCCAUCUCUGGACCUAUGGCCCUCGCCCCUCCAGCCGAUGGGGAUCCUGCCCCCGCCUAUCGUCCUGAGGCACAGUUCCGUGAACAGCAGCAGUUCAGGCCUGGGAUGCGCGAAGAAUUGCUUGCCCAGCCUGGGUCGGCUCUUCAUAACACCAUGAGCAAGACCCCUACGUCGCCUGGUGCUCCUCCUCGUCCUCCAGCUCCUCCUUCCCACCAGAACAACAACCAAGUCAACAACAACAACCAAGGUAACCAGGCCAACCCAGACAACAGCCGUCCUCCUCUCCAGAAGCAACAUUCGCACCCUGGCUCGGAUGGAUACUACGACGACGUCAACGAUUACUACGGCGACGAGUCGAUGUCCGUCGUUCCUGAUCAGUCCAUGGGUGCACAGCGCUCCGCCCCACAGCCCCGGAACCUCACUCAGGGCAACCUGACCCCAACUCCCGUCUCUCUUGCUGCCACCGCCGCUGCCGCUGCCGCCACCGGCGGCAUGGGCCCCCAUAGCAGCCCCUCCAAGAAGGUCAAGCCCGAUAGCCCUCGAUCGUCUUACUCUUCUGAAGGCGGCGAGAGCGCCUACCUGACGCUGGAGCAGGCCCAGCAGGCCCAUAACAACAAGAUGAUGGGCCACAAGGAGAGUAUCUCCUCGGUAGAUAUGCUCUUGGAGCGUUCUUCUCCCAAUGCUGUUGGACAGUACCAGAACCAGGGUCCGAACAGUCCAUAUGGUUCCAACGGCAUCAGCAAUAACAACCUUGCCCCCCCAGCAAGGAGCCCAAUGCCACCCAUGUCGCCUGAUCCAUAUGCCGAGAGUGCUUACAGCGAUUACCCCGAUGACCGGUCCAUGACUCCUAACGCGUACCGUCCUCCACCCCCCUCCGGUGGUGGUAGUCCCUAUGGUGGCUACCAACAGCAGCAGCAGCAGCCGUAUAAUGGCCAGCAACAGCAAGGUGGCAACGGUUAUAAACAGCCACCAUCGCCUGCGAGGGACUCUGAUUACAACCAAGGACCCUACGGCCGUUACUAG